AUGGGUAUUUCUCGUGACUCCCGCCACAAGCGCUCCGCUACCGGUGCCAAACGUGCCACCUACCGCAAGAAGCGUGCUUUCGAGCUCGGUCGCCAGCCUGCCAACACCCGUAUCGGAAACACUAAGCGUAUCCACAUUGUCCGCACCCGUGGUGGAAACCGCAAGUUCCGUGCUCUCCGUUUGGACUCUGGAAACUUCUCGUGGGGUUCUGAGGGUAUCAGCAAGAAGACCCGUGUCAUUGCUGUCGCUUUCCACCCUUCCAACAACGAGUUGGUCCGUACCAACACUUUGACCAAGUCCGCCAUCGUCCAGAUUGAUGCCGCUCCUUUCCGUCAAUGGUACGAGGCCCACUACGGCCAGCCCCUCGGAAAGAGACGUGGAGCCAAGGCCGCUGCCGCUGCCACUGAGGAGGCCAAGGAGGAGAAGUCCAAGUCCAAGUCUGUUCAGCGCAAGAUUGCUGCUCGCCAGGCCACCGCCAAGGUCGAGGGUCCCCUUGAGGCCCAGUUCGCCGCUGGUCGUAUCCUUGCCUGUGUCUCAUCCCGACCGGGACAGAGCGGACGUGUCGAUGGAUACAUCUUGGAGGGCGAAGAGCUCAACUUCUACCAGAAGCUCAUCCACAAGAAAUAG